UGACUCUUAACAUUGCAUUUCACAUGACAAUCAUUCAGCUGGAAGGUUGUAAAAUGAAAUUAACCAAAACCAAACCAAAAUGUCUCCUGAUUUUAACAGUUUUCAUCACAGCUGUACGGUCUGAAGCAUCUUCUCAUGAUAAAGAUCUGAGAGUCCUGAUUGUUGGAGAUGAACGUCAUGUCAGAUAUUCUACAGAAGUUCUGUUAGGAAAGAAAGAAAGCGGACAGAUGAAUGAUACAGUCAUUAUGAAUGAUGGUCAGAGAAUGAUAGUGGUCAGUGGACCAAAUCCCUGUUUCAAAAACACAGAAGAAAGUUUUAAAACAGCUCUGUUCCUCUCAUCUCCUGGACCUCACGCUGUUCUGAUGGCUCUCGAUCCAGAAUCUGAGCAGUGUGAUCUUCUCAAACAUCUUCAUGAGUCGCUGGGAUCAGAAGUCGUACGGUACUGCAUCGUUCUUCUGCUCCAACAACAACAACACCGAGAGAAAGCUGAAGACAUCACAGCAGGUAAAGCUAGAAAAAUGAUCAACACAUGUGGAGGAAGAUUUCACAGAAUCACUGACCCCAGACCUGCUCUUAUAGCAGAAAUAAACAAGUUACUCUGGCUUAAUGAAGGAACCUUUUACUCACUGGAGAUUUUUAAAACAUUACAAGACACAGAGCAAACACAUAUAGAUGAAGAUGCUGUUGAAGAAGUUCGUCUCUUUACUGUUAUAUGUCAAACUUUAGGAGGAACCACAGCUGUUGUAGGUUUGAGUCUCAUGCUCUUAAUAAUCGUUCUGGUGGGCAUUCAGUUUGGAAAUUUGCUGAGAUUUUUGUCAGGAUUUGUUGUUUUAAUUGCUUUUGAGGUAACAUCAAGAAACUGUCUCAGACCAGAAGUUUCUAUACCUUUAAAUUUGGCCUUGAGCUCAUCAAUAUUAACUGUAGUUAUAAUGAGCAAAAGGGAAUUCAGAGAAUACAUUAUCAUUACCAUAUUUGUCACAUUACCACUAAUGAUUGAACCAUUAUCACAAGACAGAUUUAAUAUAUCAAGAGCAAUGUUAUUUUGUUUUGUCUUACAUUUCAUAAGAGACAUUUUGUUUUUGGUGUGUUUAAAUACAGCUGUUGGUGUGUUUAGUAGUAUAAGAUCAUGGUCAGAUGUGAUCAUAGUGUGUUACACUGCAUUUGGCAUCACAGUCAGCAAUAUUACAAUGUCAUUUUUAAUUUAUAGAAACUUCUGUAUAUUGAAAGACCGUGGCCCGUUGGUCUUGGUGUUUGGUUUGUUCCUGUGGUGUAUGGCGGCUGGGACUCUUUCAAUAGGAUUUGUAACUGCGUUCAGUCUGUUUGACAUAAAGAUCACAAUAACUUUGUAUAUAUUAGGAUUUUCAAUGGCAUAUUUCUAUUUUAAAAGUUAAAUUUUUGUUUUUUUGUUUUGUUUUGCUAUUUGAACUCCUUUCAUCCUAUUUUCUUGUGUCUUAAUAUUUACUUAUCAGCUGUUGUACCUGAUUUGUAAACAAGUUUCAAACAAGCAUUUAGAUGGUUGGUUUUAUAUAAAAUUUCCACUGUUGGGUUUGUAUUGGUGAAGUGAAAGUGACAAGCUAGCUAUGCAAUGGAUACCGUACUCGAAAUGUGACUUAUCCCAGCACCCGGGGUGCAAUUAGGGUUAAGGUGUUUUGACUCAAGGGCACAACAGUUUCUACCCGCUGAAAUAUCUAGCUUGAUCUAUUUAAAAUAAAAACUUUGUUUAUAUUUUUAAUCAAGCAGAAACUAUAAAAAUAUUUAAUACUAUCAGGUAAUAUCUCACAUACAUUGGAAACAAUUAAUUGUACUACGUAUUAAUUACCAUUUCAUGCAUUUAUGGUGUAACCAUUUCAAUUGUAACUUUAAGUCAGUGCUGUUAUUAAACCUUUUCAUUUACAAAUCUGUUGUUUAGUUUUGAUUAAGUGUUAAUACUUAAACGCUACAUAUUGGAAUACAAUAUAUUUAUAUUCUAGCAAUGCUCUCCCACAUAUUUUGCUAUUUUAACUGCACUUAUUUCUGUCAUUGGUGUAAGUUGCAAAAGGGUGAUAAUUGACAAGAAAUACACAGUUUUACACCAUCUUGCUGAUAACAUUUCUCAGUCAUUUCGGCAUUCCUACAGAUUGAACCACUGUAAAUCCACCCUUACAGGGCGCAGCCAAAGUCUUGUGUUUUUCAAGUGCACCAUGCUC